CUGAAUGUCUGAUUUGACUCUUUACAGUGAGGAUUGUUCUUCUGGGUUCGAGCGUGUCAGAAAACAGUCUGGCAGGGAACUUCAUCUUAGGACGAGCAGCGUUUGACAGUGAAGCUCCUCCAGAUGUUGUAGAGAGAGUCGGAGGAAGACUGAAGGACAGACACCUGAUGAUCCUCAACAAUCCUCAGCUGCUCCAGAGGAACAUCUCAGAUCAUCAGAUCACACACACAGUGAGAGAGUGUGUGUUUCUGUCUGAUCCAGGACCUCAUGUGAUCCUUCUGCUCCUCAAACAUGAUCAGUGUUCAGCAGAAGAUCAGGAGCGUGUGGAGAAGGUGCUGCUCUCUUUCUCUGAGCAGGUUUAUCAACACACCAUGGUGCUCACAACACAAGAGCCCAAUGAAACCAGUGACAUCCUACAGAACAUCAUUCAGAAGUGUGCAAACAGACACUUCAGUCUUCAGAAGACCAGCUCUCCUGACGAUCUCCUGCAGAUGUUUGAGGACAUUGUGAAGAUGAAUGAUGGACUGUGUCUGGAUUGUGCUGAAGUUUCAGAGUGUAAAAAGCUGAAUCUGGUUGUCUGCGGGAGUGACAGGACAUUGAAAUCCUUCAUAUCAGAUCUGAUCCUGCAGCAGACAGACAGAAGAUCAGACAGGGAGCUUCAUGUAAUAGAUCUUCCAGCUCUGAUCCGUCUCUCAGAAGAGGAAGUGAUGCGUCAGACUCACCGCUGUGUGUCUCUCUGUCAUCCUGGAGUUCAUGUGUUCAUCCUCAUCAUUCCUGGUGCUCCACUUAAUAAUGAAGACAGAGCAGAACUAGAGGAGAUCCAGAGGAUCUUCAGCUCAAGAGUCAACAAACACAUCAUGAUCCUCAUAAAGCAGGACUCAGAUCAUCAGACAGAAGAACUCAAUGAAGAAACACAGUCUGUCAUUGAGAGAUUUGGAGGAAGACAUCAUUUAAUUGGGCCAAACACACAGGUGUCCACACUGAUGGAGAUACUGGAGCAGAUGGUUGAGGAAAACAGAGGAGAGUUUUUCUCCACAGAGACAUUGAUGGAUGCACAGAUGAAAAAACUGCUGAAAUUUGAAGAGAUGGAGAAGAAAAUUCAGUCACUAGAAACAUAUCUACUGUCACAAGGUAAUGAGCAGAACGUCUUAGGUUACCCGUGUCUGAAGCAUACUUAG